CAACGGCCCUAAUACGCCACAUCUGUCUGUGCAGGAGCGAGCAUUUAAGAUACACUGUAAAGCGUCUCUGGGAGAGCUCAUAGCGGUCAAGCUUUACUCCAAGCCGUUUAUGGGUCUACUUUACAACCAGUGGUUCUGCGAUAAGAUCUCGGUCAACACGCCCGAAGGAGACAAGGUCCUGUUUCCCUGUUACUGCUGGCUGGACUGCAACGAGAGGCUCGUCUUACGGCCUGCUAAAGCUUCACUUGUGUUCCAGGACACCAACCCGAUAUCCCAGAGGCAGAGGAUGAGGCAGCUGGAGGAGCAGCAGAAGCUAUUCAGGUGGUGUGUGUACGCGGAGGGUACGCCUCAGGUCAUCGACUGCGACAAUCCCCUCGCUCUGCCAGCUGAGGUCCGAUUCUCUUUCACUAAAGAGGCCGAGUUUUACUCCGGUGCAGGAAAGCAGUUAGCUGCUCUGAAGCUAACUGGAUUAGCUAACUGCAGAAAAUCGUGGGAAAGCAUCAGCCAACUGGAAGCAAUCAUUUGUGAAAACAGAGUGAAAACCAUUGAAUACAUUCAGAAGCACUGGGAUGAGGAUGAGUUCUUUGGCUACCAGUUUCUGAAUGGCCUCAAUCCCAUGAUGGUCCAGCGCUGCUCAAAUCUGCCUGAGAAUUUCCCCGUCACAGAAGACAUGGUCAAAAACAGCCUAAGAGGCAGCAGCUUGCAGCAGGAGAUGAAGAAAGGGAACAUCUUCUUGUCUGACUAUAAGAUGUUGGAUGGACUGGUGGGAAAUGUUGUCAGUGGCAGGCAGCAGUAUCUCACAGCUCCCCUGGUCCUGCUGUACUGCAACCCUCACAGCAUGAUGCUGCCCAUCGCCAUUCAGUUAAGGCAAAAGCCCAGCAAAGACAAUCCCAUCUUCCUCCCAACGGAUUCAAAGGCCGACUGGAAACUGGCCAAGAUCUUCGUCCGAAACGCAGAGUUUGGCGUUCACGAGGUUGACUUUCACCUGCUGAGAACUCACCUGCUGGCGGAGGUGUUCACCGUGGCCACGCUGCGCAAUCUUCCCUCUCCACACCCUCUCUACAAGCUCCUCUUUCCCCAUAUCCGAUACACGCUCCAGAUCAACGUCAUGGCACGGAGUCAGCUGAUAUCCGAGGAUGGGGCCAUUACAAAGUAUGCAGGAGUAGGUGGAGAGUCAUUGGUAAGGUUGAUGAAGCGUGCUACUGCCGCCCUGACCUACAGCGCCCUCUGUCUUCCCAAUAACAUAUCUGAGAGAGGCCUGGAGACUGUACCCCACUACUACUACAGAGAUGAUGGGAUGAAACUGUGGGAUAUCAUCAACAAGUUUGUUGCAGCUUUCUUGUCACACUACUAUCAACAUGAUGCAGACGUGAAGAAGGACACAGAGCUGCAGUGUUGGAUCAGUGAGAUAUUCACCAAUGGCUUCCUGGGAAGAGAUUCCUCAGGUCUGUUGCAUCAGGGCUGUUGCAUUUGAAUAUGCUGCAAGUGU